GCCGAAGGGGGGCGGCAACGCAACACCCUCGCUUCCGGUCAGCCCUUAUUUCGUCUCGGUGCCUUCGUCGCUUGUCGACGCGGCCGUAAAUCCGAUUUUCGCCCUCACCGCAUCAAAAGCGUCGAUAGGUGAUCGUUGCAUUCGUUGAGGUUGACCGUCCGCGUCCUGAUCAUUUGCGCAAGCGCGACGUACACGAAUGGAGGUCACGUCUGCGCCCUAAAGCAGAAUUCUGAGCGCCGUCUCGUCUUCUCGCUCGGCCCUCAGUGAGGAUGCUGCAGAUGAUGAAGCUGACGUCGGCGGCGGCGGCGGCGCGCGGUCUGGCCCGCCGUGCGAGCUUGCCGUCUCGGCCCCUUCCCCGUCGUCCCGUGUCCGCCGCCUCCGCCCCUCUGCUGGCCUCCAAGCAGUUCAAAGGUCAGGGGAAGGAGCCGAGGCCAAAGGUGAAAGCCGACAAACAGGAAGUGGAGAUCAGGCAGACCAUGACCGUGGAGGCCCUCGCGCGAGCCAUGAACAAACACCCUGAUCACGUGCUGGAGGCCUUGGCGAACACGCCGCUGGACGUGUCGCGCGCGGGCCCGUCCUCGGUGCUGGAGGAGCGUUGGAUCAAGGAAGCGGUGAGGCGCUCGGGCAUGAAAUUCCGCUGGGAGAAGCUGAGCGAGGAGCCGCGGCGCCACAACCGAGACGCCGUGCCCAGACCCCCCGCCGCCGGCGGCGGCGGGCUGGUGCGGCGCCCCCCGGUGGUCACCGUCAUGGGCCACGUGGACCACGGCAAGACCACGCUUUUGGACGCUCUGAGGAAAAGCCAAGUGGCCGCCUCCGAAGCCGGCGGCAUCACGCAGCACAUCGGAGCCUUCGGAGUGGAGUUGGCGACGGGCGAGAGGAUCACCUUCCUGGACACGCCGGGUCACGCCGCCUUCUCGGCCAUGAGGGCCCGCGGCGCCCACGCCACCGACAUCGUCAUCCUGGUGGUGGCCGCCGACGACGGCGUCAUGACGCAGACCGUCGAGUCCAUCCGGCACGCCAAGCGGGCGGCAGUUCCCCUCAUCGUGGCGGUGAACAAAUGCGACAAAGCUCAGGCCGAUCCCCAGAGGGUCAAGCGGGAGCUGCUGGCCCACGACGUGGUGUGCGAGGACUUCGGGGGCGACGUGCAGGCCGUCCACGUCUCGGCCCUCAAGGGCCACAACCUGCCGGCGCUGGCCGAGGCCACCGCGGCGCUGGCCGAGAUCCUGGAGCUGAAGGCGGAACCCGACGGCGCCGCCGAGGGCCUGGUGCUCGAGAGUCGCACGGACAAAGGCAAAGGGUCGGUGACGACCACGCUGGUCCGGCGCGGGACGUUGCGGCGAGGCUGCGCGCUGGUGGCGGGCAAGACCUGGGCCAAGGUGCGCUCGCUGUUGGACGAGCGCGGCCGCGCGGUGGAGGAGGCGGGGCCCGGCGUGGCCGUGGAGGUGCUGGGCUGGAAGGAGGCGCCCUCCGCCGGGGACCUCGUCUUGGAGGUGGAGUCGGAGCAGCGCGCCAGAGAGGUGGCGGCGUGGCGCGGUCGGGAGGAGGAGCUGGAGCGGCUGGGGGCGGAGGAAAGCGCCGUGGCGGCCAAGCGGCGGGACCACGACCGCGCCUACAGGAAGGAGAGGGCGGAGCUGGCGCACCUCAGCUGGCGGCAGAGGAAGGCGCGGCUCUACCGCGACAACAAGAGCGCCUUUGCCAGCCUCUUUGUCCGCAAAAGUAUCGCCGGGCGCCAACUGCCUCGAGGAGCCGUCGCGACUCGUUAUUUAUUUUUUGGCCGGCCAGCCGAUGUGGACGGCUCCUUGGAGGCCAUCUUGAACAUCCUGGACACCUACGACGCCGACCAUCAAUGUCGCCUGGACGUGGUUCACGUUGGCAUCGGCGACGUCUCGGAAAACGACCUCAACAUGGCGGAAACCUUCGGAGGCAGCGUGUACGGCUUCAACGUGGCGGCGAGCAAGGCCAUCCGGCAAACGGCGGCGCGCCGCGACAUCGCCGUCCGGCUUCACGACGUCAUCUACAAAAUGGUGGACGAGCUCAAGGCCGAGCUGGCCGACAAGCUGCCGCCGCUGCUGGCGCGCCACGUCCUGGGCGAGGCCACGGUUCUGGCCGUGUUCGACGUGACGGCGGGCAAGAAGAAGACGGCGGUGGCCGGCUGCCGCGUGCUCAAAGGUCAGCUGGAGCGCAAGAUGAAGUUUCGACUGAUUCGCGGCGGCGAGACGCUUUGGGAGGGAGGCCUGCUGGCGCUGAAGCACCACAAGGAGGACGUGAGCGCCGCCGGGGCGGGCAGCGAGUGCGGCCUGUCGGCCGACGGCGACGUGGCCUUCCUGCCCGGCGACCUCGUCCAGUGCUUCCGGGAGGUGGAGGAGCCGCGGGUCAGCGCCUGGGACCCCGGAUUCUGAGGGCCCCCCCCCCGUUUGAAAA